CCAACAAACUACUCUUUGUUGGAUCCUGAAUAACUGGGUAGUUUCAUACAACAUUGCUGAUUUCCAUUGCAUUUAGCAACUAGAAUGCAAUGGAAAUGGUUGAAUUCAUUUAAGACAUUGAUUGAUGUUACAAAUUGUUAGCGGAGAGAGCAUGAAUUCCCAUUGCAUUAUGAUUCUCAGUAUGGUGUUCCCCCUCCAGUAUUCCAUCACUGCCCAAGCCUCUUCAUGGAAUGGGGGGCUCCCUCUCAUACAAACAGAAAGAGGAAUUGACUCCAUUGUUGCAGAUGUAAUGCUUCAGAUGCAUGCCACUUCUCUACAAAGUUCUAAUAGUACUGGGGUGACUAUAAACCUGAGAUCUGGGAAGGCGGCUCGUCACUUCAGGCAUCAUCACCACCUCAAAAAUGUUCAGGGCGUUUUAAUCAUUAUAGGAUGGGGAACAAUGCUCCCCAUUGGGGUAAUGAUUGCAAGGUACUUUAAGAACUUUCCCAUCGCAUGGAGCGAAUGGUACUCGGUUCACAUAAUAUUUCAGGGAAUUGGAUAUACGCUGGGCACAAUCGGAUGGGGGAUUGGGAUAUGCCUUGAAAACACUUUGAGGCUACACAUCUCUAAAGCACAAAGAGUUCUGAGUAUCAUUGUAUUUAUCUGCACAACUAUACAAAUGCUUGCCAUUUUCUGGCAACCAAAGAAAGAAGCUGAACAUCGCAGGUGCUGGGAGGUAUACCACCAUUUUCUUGGGUAUGCAGUGAUUGUACUAAUUAUAACAAACAUAUUUCUGGGGAUCAAUGAUGAAGAUCAAGCUGAAAAAUGGAGAUGGGUUUACGGGGUAAUACUCGGAGUUCUAGCUUUAAUAGCUCUAGCUUUGGAAACUUAUAGAUGGAUUAAGUCCAAUCAACUUCGGCAGGCGAACAGCAACAUGUUCACCUUCCCCUGAGUUCUAGGCUCUCUGAACAAACAGAACCCCAAAUAAAUAAUGAUUUUUUUUACAGUAAACGUAUUUUUCCUAGCUCUUUUGCAUUUGUGUAUCCUUUUUUUUUAAAUUUUUAAAGUAAACAGGGUAAAAUUAAAAAGAGCCAAA